UGACUCACCUGUCUGAUGCUGUGCGGCUCCCCUUGUGACCAGGUGUGCUUGCAAGGAAGAGCAGGACCUCUGACACAAAUCUGGGUGUUGAGGAUUGAAGACUGCCUGCCUCCUCUGGGGAGCUCCCCAUCCAAGAGAGUCUCCCCCUCCAAACGGAAGCAGUACUACAUCAACCAGGCCAUCCGCAACUCUGACCUCAUCCCAAAGGCCAAGGGGCGCAAGAGCCUUCAAAGGCUGGAGAACAGGCUCUGUUUCCUAGCUCGGUACUUGAUGACCCUGCUGGAGCGGGACGAAUGUGGGAAUGACGAUGGGGAACUCACGCACUCUGCUGCCCCAAGCAUCUUCACGGAGGCCUGCAACAACGAGACGUACAUGGAGAUCUGGAAUGACUUCAUGAACCGGUCUGGUGAGGAACAGGAGAGGGUCCUGCUCUACCUAGAGGAAGAGGCCAAGAAGAAGCACAAGAGGAAGCUUCCUGUUAAAGCGGAGGACAAUUGGAAAGAGCAUCCUGCUUACACACCGAAAGAAUGUUUCCAGCGCAUCAGCCGCCGGCUUCGUACCACGCUGAGACGAGGCAGGAUCCCUAUGGUGAGACCCUGCCAUAUCAUUGGUCAGGUGAUCAUCCAGGGGACCCUGGAGUGUCUGGAGGAGGAGUUACUGGCCUUUUUCUCCGUCACCCCUCACUCUGUCUACACAGCAAUGAUGGACAAUAGCUUUGAGCGGCUGCUGCUCCACGCUCUCUGCCAGUACAUGGACCUCGUCUCUGCCAGUUCUGACUUUGAAGGGAAACGCCAAAUGAAAGUGAGCAACAAACACAGAGACUUCCUGCCCCCGGAAUUACUGCUGUCCGCCUACUUGGAGCAGAUGAGCUGAUAGGUCUGGAAGACGUCCCAUUCACUGCUCUGACGGCUUCUACGAUCCCCAUAUCUGCUCUCCAUCCACUCAGUCCUCGGCGCACAAACGGGCUGUGUCCCCACCCUCAGGCCACUGCACAAGUGCAGAGACUGGUCAAACUGGUGGGUGGGUUUGUGUGGAGCUGGUUAGAUCGCCGUCCCCUGUUCCUUGCUUCGAGAGAGGAAGUCUUCCCUUGCCCGUCGCUGAAGCCCUGCAUUCAUCUCCCGCAGCUGCCACACUCUUCCUGUGUGGCAAAGCUGGUGUGACUUCCAGCUUCCUCCCCGCUCCCGGGGUUCUCCUGAUUCCACCCAAGGCUUCUCUGUACUGCUCCCGGGACCCAGUGAAGGGUACUGUCUCUGCUCCUCGCAGAGGGGCCUGGCAGAGGCCUGCAAGCACCCCCCAGGCAGACCACUCUGUUGUGUGGAACCACCUGUUGGACAGCCCAAAACAUCAACCUUCAUCAUGCUAAAGUGUCCAACCCCCACUCAAGGACUGAGGACUCUGCCUCUCUUAAAGCUGGAAGGCUGAGGCCUUUGCUCUGGAUGGGCAGCGUCCUACUGGUUGGAGCGGGUGGAGGGGGGGUAGGAGCUGACUCCAGGGGUCUCCCCUGCUGCCUGUAGGCUGGUGGGAGGUUAGGAAGUGUCCAUCGACACUGUCAAAUGCAUAUCAGCUGUUGUUGCGAGACUGGUCCCUCUGUCGCUUAGAUGGGAUCUUGAUUGUGUCUCUUCUGCCCCCCAAGUCAUGUUCCAGAUUCAGAAUCCAGCCAGGUUUGGGGCAAUGGUGAAAGUCCUGUUCGCAUAAAAUGGAAUGGUGCUUUUAACUGUGCUGGGGGAACAAGAUCGCUCCUGAAUAGUGAAGAUGGGGCCCUUCAUCUCGGCUCCUUCAGGCCACAUCCUCCCCUCAUUUUUCUGACGCACUGGCCUCUUAGCUUGGCAGGGGGGUUCCAGGACCUGCUGCUGCUGCCAGAUAUCACCACGCUUACGGUGUGUGACCAGCCUGCCUAGCCCCGCCUUGGGCGUGGUGCUAUCUCUAGGCAGUAGCUGCACUGCCUGGAAGUGUGAUUGUCUACACACCAGCUCAUUUAAACACAACCAGCCUGUCCCUGGGGGACUCUGGCUUCCCCCGGGGGUGAGUUUGGAGCAGUAUUUUUGUGACAAAACAGUUCCCUUUUGGCCUUAGCAUUUCAGCUGCUCUGACCUGGCCAUUGAGCAUCUGAAUUGGUCUCAUUCCCCAGUUCAGCAAACACUUCAGCAGAUGCCUACAGCUUAAGCAUAGGCUGAAGGGCUUUGCUGAAUGUCCAGCAGCUGCCUGGAGCAGAUCACUUGUAAGUUGCAUUUCACAAACCAGGGAGGCAGGGGAAUUACCACAGACUGCAACAGCCUUUCAGGGUCAGGCAUGGGCACUGCUUUGGUUGGUACCUAAC